AACAUUGACCACGAACUGCACGUGUUAUUCUUGAAAAACACCUCAAACGCAUUAUCCUUAAUUUCAUCCUUUCUCCGUCCAUUCUUUUCUUCCUCCUUUUUCCAAUACAACUAUUCCUUUUGCCUCUCAUAGUCAUAGUCGGUGCAAUGACCACAAUAAUAACCAUAUAACAACAACACUAUCACACACAAAAUUCAUAUCCACAUCCAUCACAAUCUCAUACUCAAAAUUAAUCUUUUCAUGGAAGAUAAAAAGAAGUCACAAUGGAGCUGGACAUCAGCAAUAAUAGGAGCAGCAUCAGCAGUAGCAGCAACAUCAAUUCUCUCAGCAAAACCAAAAGACCCAACAUUUCAUCUCAUCUCCAUCAACUUCACUUCCUUAAAACCAAGCCUCCCCGUCGUAGACGCAGAAGUUCUUUUAACCGUCCAUGUCACCAAUCCAAACAUAGCUCCAAUUAACUACUCAUCAACAACCAUGUCAAUUUUCUACGAAGGUUCUCUCCUCGGUUCAGCUCCGGUCCAAGCCGGGUCUCAGCCACCGAGGUCAUGUCAGUUACUGAGACUUCCUGCCCGGCUUAAAGCUCUUCGGCUCGCGAAACACGCGAGCCGAGUAAUGUCUGACGUGGCGAAAAGGGAGAUGGUUCUUGAUGCAGCUGUUGAUAUUGCUGGCACCGCUAGAGUUUUGUGGUGGGACCAUAAGUUUAAAGUGAGAGUUAAUAGUCAUAUUACUGUUGAUCCUGUUUUUCUUGAUGUUAUUGAUCAGGAGAAUACUGCACAACUUGAACUCUUUGGCUCAGGGAAGUCCUUAACCUCCAUUAGUUGUUUUGCCAUCGAUCACUAUUGUUCGAUGCUCGAAACUUCAUCUGUAAAAACUAUCAGAAUGGUUCUCCUCAUGUGAUACAUGACCUCACCUCGAGUAGUAGGAGGAUGGGCUGAGCAAACAGACUAAAAUCUGAGUAUGAAAUAGAAGCAUUACAAUUCAUAUAAAGAGGAUCCUCUUUCGAAGGUCAGGGCAAUAGAGAGACUGGCAAAGCUCCCUAACUUCAUCAGCAGAAGAACUCCCUAAAGGUUAAAGAAGCCCAGCUUGACCUCCUUCCCGAAGAGAGGCAGACUGAAUCCUAUUUCGGCUAUAACGGUCUGUAUUACUAUGUUCUCAUACGUAGGAAUACCUCCGUUAGCCGGCUUUUGUAGUAAAUUCUAUUUGUUCUUCGCCACUGUGUUGUGGGGCUUACUUCCUAUCUCCACUGUGUAAAACUUUCAAACGAGUGAUAGUUUCAACAUUAACUUUCAAAAUUCCUAGGCCCACCAUUUGAUUAUUCAUAUCGGCUGCCUUGCUUGAGAGGAAGACUAAAUGCUCAAGUUUUGUUGAAACGAGAUGCACACAUAAAUAAGCUUUAUGAUGGUCCUUCCUUGGACUUGCCUAUCAACAACUCAAGUGGUGAAAUUCCUAUUGAGCAUAGGUUAUACUUAUAUCAUUUCUGUCAGUUCUGAACUCUUGUAGAUCCCAACUUUGGGAUAACUAGUCUGUUCAAUUUUUGGCAGUCCAAACAUUAUAUAACAAGUGAAGCUCACAAGUUCUUCCUGUUUUCCUUAA